CUGCAGCGGCUGUGACUCGGAGACACGCAGAGAAGGAGCCGUGGGAGAAAAAUCACUGUCACUCGCAAGAGUUGAGCUCCACACAAUCGGGAUUUUUUUGUUCCCGUCUUAUUCCUGCCUGAAUACGACGUUGUCAAAGCCGGUGUUGAUGUCUACCCAGAAGUCCUAGAACCGACUGGGAGAUUUUCGGCGCGUGAAAGGAAACCUGGCUUCAACCCUAGGACACCCUGCACCUGAAUCAGCUAGUUUUGAUGCUUUCAGUCCUACAAUACCCAAGACAACAGAGAAGUGCAUUGUCUGGCAGGUUCCAGCAGUAGAUGCUCUCUGCUUGGCCAACUGGGACUCCAUGGAUGCCAACGCUGCUGCCUGAAUCAUUGUACUAUCCAGUGAUCCCCCACAUUUGAAGAGGUGGUCAUCAUUGUUGUGCCACAGUCUGUUCCUGUAACCUGUAGUUUCAUGGAGGGGUUUUCAGUCGACUGACCCAGUAGGCUGCCUCACUGGAUCAGCAGCCAUGUCCGCCUGCAGCACUUUCACCGAACACGUGUGGAAACCAGGCGAAUGCAAGAACUGCUUCAAACCCAAGAGUCUGCACUGUCUGACUCAGAGUGGUGGAGGGAAACCUCUGUCUGAGCAGAGGCCUUCUACAACCCAGCAACAGAAUCCACCACCUGCUGGGGCCAGAGCCAACCCUAACCUUACCCACAAUCCACAGAGGCCUGGCAGUGCUUCUGCUCGUUCGGGACAUUUCCGUCCACCAGUGGCUAAGAAGCCUACGAUUGCCGUCAAACCUACUAUGAUGCUGCCCUCCUCCUCUGCAGGACUGGAUUCAGAUGGCAACCCACAACAACCAACAAAUGUAGUUGAACAGGGCAAAACAUCAGCCUUUACAGUCUGGAAUCGCAAUGGACUCAACCGUAAAAGGCCUGUCGGGCCCAGCAAUAACAAUGAAGGAGAGGAUGGUUGUGAGGAGAUUGAGGGAUAUGGACAACUGAGCCCAAGGACACCUAGUGGUAAUAACAACAGUGGACUGACUGAUGUUCUAAAGGAGAUUGCUGGGUUGGGGCCAGGACCUAGCCCUCUGCCCCUUUGUGGCUCCAAAGACUUGUUUUGGGGACGUAUCAGUAAUUCAUACAGACGGUCCUUGGAAAGAGGCCUCCCCGCCUCAAGCUGUCUGGCCAUGGGAAGCAGCAGCUCUGGGGGUGGUGGUAGUAGCACUGCUCAGAAACGGGUAUCUCUUAGUGAUAGUACUGAAAUUAUCAGCACAGAGGGUGGUCGCUUUUGCUACCCCGACUUUUCCAGUGAAGGUGAAGAUGAUGAGGAAGAUGAGGAUGAGGAUGAUGAUGAUGAGACUGAAAGGGAUGAUGAUGAACAUGAGAGCUGGGAUGAAAGUGAUGAGGAGUUGCUAGCUAUGGAGAUCCGUAUGCGAGGUCAACCGCGAUUUGCAAAUUUCCGUGCUGCCACACUGUCUCCAGUGCCAUUUGCUGCAGGGAAGAAAUGGAAUACCGUGCCACUUCGCAACCGCUCGCUGCAGCGCAUUUGUGCUGUGGACUAUGAUGACAGCUACGAUGAGAUCUUGAAUGGGUAUCCGUCUAUGGACUCAAAUGGAGCUCUUCUUCCUUAUGGGCCUCAUGACAUGCAAGGCAGUGGUUUUCUCUCAAAUUCAGAGUCCACUACCUCUCCUGACUCUUCCUCAUCACUGCCAGAGGAUUCACGUACAACCUCCAGCAGUGGAAGCAGUGCUCCCUGUCCCCUUCGCAAUGGAUUACAUUCACCCACAACUUCAAAGGCACCUCUUCCUUGCACUUCCCCAAAAAAGGAACCAGUCCACAGGGCAUUAAGUCCACUAAAAAUGACUGAAACACACAAGGCUGUCCUGGCCAUUAGGUUAGAAGAUCAGGAUGGCAGAGAAGGUGCAUCAAUGCCCCAGGCUGUCCCUGGUCAACCAGUCACAAUCAGUUUUAGUCCCACAGAGGAGCAAGCUAAACCUUACCGCGUAGUAAAUCUGGAAAAAUCACUGAUCUGUAAGCCUUAUACUGUAGUUGAUGUGUCAGCAUCCAUGGCCAGCAAAGAUGAACAAACUCCCUGUUCAACUCCAAAAACUCAAAAUCCAUCAAUGCCAUCCAGUCCGACAUCAUUCUGUAGGACUCCUGUGGGCCAGCCCCUUUCUCCAGCUUUACCCAAUUCUCCAUCUUUUUCUGUUUCACCAGCAUCACCCACUUCUGUUGCAUCAUCAGGCACCCCCCGAAAGAAAACAGGGAGCAUACGUUACCAAGAAGUGUGGACAUCAAGCACAAGUCCCCGACAAAAAAUACCUAAAGUGGAUCUUGGGGUUGGAAGUACUUCUGGUCCCUCAGUCCCUUCUCAACACUGCAGUCACAAGUCAGCUCCUACUUCUCCCAUAGCGGGAGUGUCUUUCUCUCGAACUGUACCAGUGAAGUCUCCUAACUUAUCAGAGAUCAAGUUCAACAGUUUCAAUAAUGCAGGAAUGCCUCCUUUCCCUAUUAUCAUCCGAGAUGAGCCAGCCUACGCCCGCAGCUCCAAAAAUGCUGUGAAGGUACCUAUUGUUAUCAAUCCAAGUGCUUAUGACAACCUAGCUGUGUAUAAGAGCUUCCUGGGACUCAGUGGGGAACUACCACAGCCCAAAGGGGUAGGUAACAGGGUGGCCAGUCAUACCUACGAAGAGAUUGGAUCCUCUGAGAGUGUCCAGUCCUCUUCAACUGAGAAAACCAUGUCUGGUAGAGGCACAUCAGAAAGAGCUUCUCUUGAAGAGACAAAAGCACAUCCAGAGACACUAUCAAAAGUGUCUAGAUCCAUCUCAGACUCUAGUACUGUGACAAACACUGUGACUAGUUCCACAGUUGGUGCUCUCUCUCUGACCACAUCAACAAAUUCAUCUGCCAUAACUACAAACCCUCUUAAAAGUAACCAUUCUGUCAGUCCUGUUACAAACACAUGUAAAACAACGGGAGACAGUACUUGCAAUAAAGAUGAUGAUACCAGCAUAACUUUAUCUGGGUCAGUCGGAAGUCACAGAGAGGAGGCCAGUGCUGUGCUUUCACAGAUUGUGGCAUCCAUCCAGCCCCCCCAGUCUCCACCAGAAUCGCCCUCAGCACAGACUAAAACUUUCAGUUCGGAGGACUUAUAUUCCCUCCCACCUGAUGCCAUGAAAGAGACUCUUACCCGACCCAAGUCUCUUUUUUCCACAGCUGAAGUCUGUCUUACCAAACCCAAGAAGGAAACACCCUCAAAACUUCUGUCUAAAUCGCAAAGUGCAUCAGCUGCUGUCUCACUCUCCAGCCCACGGUCAGAGCCCAGUGCCCCCUUCCCUCCUCCCAGGUCAACAUCUUCACCUUACCACGCUUCAAAUAUCCUCCAGAGACAUUUUGGCAAUUGGACCAAGAGUUCUGCCUCGAGUUCACCUCUACGACCCAGCGAGGGUGACACAAGUCCAGGUGGAGAGGGUAGACGUGUUUCUACAGAGAGUUCAAAACCCAAACGUUGGAUUUCUUUCAAGAGCUUCUUUCGUCGGCGGAAAGACGAGGAUGAACAGAGGGAGAAACUGGAAAGGGAGAAGGAGAAAGGCAAGCUGGUCGGACUUGACGGAACAGUUAUUCACAUGCUUCCACCUCCACCGGUCCAACAGCAUCACUGGUUUACAGAGGCCAAACCUGAGGAUCCAACCCAGAAACCUACCAUCAUCUUCACCUACAAACCAGACUCUAGUGGCGCUCCUGGUGAUGGAGAUGGUGAACUGCGCAUAGAGGAGUGCAGAGAAACUACACUACUGAGUCCGGAAGAGAACAAAGAAUCCAGACCUUUGAGCCCGGGACGAACACCAUCACCAAGCACUGCUGGAGGUGACCUCAUCAGCCAGGUACCAGCCAGCACCAGGGAUGCCAGGGAACCGGACUUGCUGGGUGCCACGUCCCUGCCUGCCAGAGUGAAUCUGGGUCUGGUGCUCGGGGAGGGUGAGGACGGCCAUGCCAACCAGGUUACCACCCAAGCUUCAGCCAGCGAGGGCAGUGCCAGCGUUGGAGAGCCAGAAGAAGAUGGAAAUCAUUCCCAUCACUCCCACUCUCCUGCCUCCAGCCAAUGCAGUGCCACAUACAGCAACUUGGGUCAAUCCAGAGCCAACAUGAUCCCACUGAAACAGCCACGGAACAUGAAAGCGUCCAACGAUACUCUGGCGUCCAUCGACCUGGACGGCCCUACUGACCAACCAGCCAUGAAAGCCACACCACCUCCACUACCCAAGAAGAAUGUACCUCGCUCCAUUACAGAGCCAAGCCUGGCAGCCAAAGAGCCAGUCCAGGGGGUGCUAAGACCUCGAGCUGAGGCCAAGCCCGGGGGGACAAAUCUGAGCGUGGCCAACCCUCUCUAUGAUCUGGAUUCCACCUGGGAGACGGCGAGUCAGAGCUCCUCUCUGAGCUCAGAGCCGCAGAGAGUCCACGACCAAGAGAGCGGCGACUCCCUGGAGAGACCAUCUGCUGCCACGACCAACAGCAAGAGCCGCCCGGCUAACACCACGUCCUGUCUCGCUCCUCAAGCUGCUGCGCCGAGCACCACCGCCAGCAGGGAGAGGAGGGGCUACCCGAGCACAGAGUGUCUGAGUGGAAGAGGUCGGACCACGGGAAGAGGAGCUCCAAGCAGCUCAAAGACACAGAGAGCAGCACUUUACAGGGGUUUAGACAGCUGGGAUGAGGUGGUCGGGAGGAUCCGAGGGCUCCACACGGACACUCUGAGGAAGCUCGCUGCCAAAUGCGAGGACCGUUUCAUGGCUGGCCAGAAGGAUCACUUGAGAUUUGGCACUGACAGCUGGUCCCACUUUCGGCUGACCACUGGGAAACCCUGCUGUGAGGCGGGGGAUGCUGUGUACUACACCGCGUCCUACGCCAAGGACCCACUGGUCAACUACGCCAUCAAGAUUUGUCGGAGUAAAGUGAAGAAGACCCAGCAGCAGUUUUUUCACAGUCUGGCAGUUAGACAAAGCCUGGCUCUGCACUUCAACAUCCAGCAGGACUGUGGACACUUCGUGGCGGAUGUCCCUGCUCGCUUGCUGCCCUGGGAAGAGGAAGAAGAUGAUGAGGAUGAGGAUGAUGAAGACGAAGAGGAUGAGGAGGAAGAUGACAAUGACCUGAAGAAGGAGAAAGAAAGUAAGACUGAAACUAAGACAACAGACUCCAAAGCAUCUCCAUCCAAUGAUAAAUUAGACGAAACGCCAGCACAGACAGGACACAUGAACACUGUGGGGUCCUUGAGGAGCAGAGUGGUGGUGAUUACACGUGAGGUUCCCUUCCAGACAGUGGCGGACUUUGUCCAAGAGGGCAUGUCCCGACAUGCCCAGAACCCAGAGCUGUAUGAGCGUCAGGUCUGCCUCCUGCUGCUCCAGCUGUGCUCUGGCCUGGAGCACAUGAAACCGUACCAUGUGACCCACUGUGACCUACGACUGGAAAAUCUGCUGCUGGUGCACUGCCAACCUGGCAACCCCUGGAACGUGGACGUCCUUGAGCCAAACAACAACAGCAAUAGCAGCAGCAGCAGCACUUCUGGUGCAACAUCUGCCAGUGCCGCUGCCGCCGCCGCCAACGCCACCUGCCCCGCCCGCCUCAUUAUCAGUAACUUCUCCCAAGCAAAACAGAAGAGCACCCUCAUGGUCACUGACCCCGGUACGCUGCGUGACCAGUCACGCCUGGCGCCUGAAAUCGUCACAGCUACUCAGUACCGCAAGUGUGACGAGUUCCAGACCGGGAUUCUGAUUUAUGAGAUGCUGCACCGGCCCAACCCCUUUGAGGAAACACCAGAGCUGAAGGAGCGCGAGUACACCUGGGCUGACCUGCCGCCGCUGCCGGUCCGCUCGCUGUACUCACAGGGACUCCAACAGCUGGCCAGAUUACUGCUGACCGUCAACCCCUCCGAAAGGAUCCGCAUGUCUGAGGCUCGAGCCUGUCUGCAGUGUCUGCUCUGGGGCCCCCGCGAGGACCUGUUCCAGGCGCUGGGCUGCAGCGCCACAGGCCCUAUGUCAGGGGCCACGUCCAGCCAACGCGAAGCCACCCUCCAGAACUGGCUGGACCUGAAGCGGACACUGAUGAUGAUCAAGUUUGCGGAGCGCUCCCUGGACACGGCCUGUGGCGUGAGCCUGGAGGACUGGUUGUGCUGUCAGUAUCUGGCGUUUGCCACCACAGACACCCUGAGCCGGGUGGUGAACAUCCUGCAGCAGCCGCAUCCUCAGACCCAGACCCAGAGCCAGAGCCAGUCCACGCACGGCGCUCAGAACCAAACCCAAACACAUCUAGCACACGCCUUUCAUCUGACUCAGUCACAGCCACUCUGAUUCCCCAACUGUUACUAUGGCAACCAGUCCCACCUCCUCUGUGCGCUCCCUCUGCUGAUGCUACAGUGUGACGUAACAUAAUAGUCAGCUUUGUUGUCACCACGGCCGCCACAGUGGUUGAUCUAAAACUGAACAGCUGGACGUCCUAUCUCUGUAUUCAAGGACAAGUCGCUUUUUAGAGCCAGAGUCAGCGUCUCCAUCAAACGGCGUCAUGUUCAGGGUUAACCGUCGCAUUCAGAUCACCGAUAGCAUGACGGUUAAAUCAUCCAGCAAAUGUAGCGGCUGUCUCUUUUAUCCAAAAUCCAGGACAAACAUUGGACGUUAAAAGACAUUUGGCUCCUGGCGGUGGAUCAGUGCACUCUCAUUAGUCCAAUUCACUUGGUUCUGUAGCCCAUCACAUCUCACAGGUCAUAUUUUAACACUCCGUCAACUCCGCAUCAAAGAAACUCAUCAAAUACGUGAGAUUUUUUUUUUAUGUUAUUUUAUUUUUUCAGCCGACUUCUGCAUUGCUAAGUCGCGAAAGCUGUACAUUUCAUACAAUUUUCAUGACGGCCGUCUCUGGGGGUUUACUCAUUACAUCUGAUAUUUCAUUUUAAUAUUUUAACGGAGACGUUUCACUUGACAUCUAAGGAUUACACCACAGAUCACAAGUGUUUUGAAAAACACUCGAGACUGAGAUUUUCAUUGAAAUUAUUUUGAACUCAUAGUACUUAUAGUGCAGUAUUUUGAGCAUCAUUUCAGUUUUCAACAUGUGCUUGUAUAAAAUCU